CGUAUGACUGGCCACGAUGUUUAGGUGUCUGUAGUUUCGUAGGGGCUUGCAGGUUGCCUCAAAGCACCGACAGGGUUGGCAGUGCGGCCGUCUAGAUGACCUGUAUCUGCCUAUGGGCCUCCAGAAGCUGCUUAACAGGACAUUGACUGGUGAAGUCCACCUGUAUCGGCUGAGUCACAGAGUAUAGCAGAGCUUUGGGCGUGAGAGCAACAUGACCCACAGGCUGUUCGAGGAGAAGCACCAUGCCUCCCUCUAUCAGAAGUACCGCUUUGUCCCCCCUGAACCACUCAAAGAGCUCAUCCUUCAGUACCUGGACAAUAAGAAAGGGCAGCCUCAUGUGUUAGCUGUGGACCUGGGCUGUGGGACAGGGCAGAACUCGCGCCUGCUGGCUCCUUACUUCCAGGAGGUUGUGGGCAUUGACAUCAGCGAAUGCCAGCUGGAGCAGGCCCGUGCAGUGCCAGGGUUUCCCAAUGUCACCUACAGGGUGGGGUCUGCGGAGGAACUGCCGUUCGAGGACAGCUCGGUGGACCUGCUGACCGCGGCGUCAGCGGCCCACUGGUUCAACCAGGAGCGGUUCCUGAAGGAGGCGGUGCGGACCCUGCGGCCCCGGGGCUGCAUGGCCCUGCUGGGCUACACGGACAACCUGGGGCUCCACUACGGCUCCUGCGGGGACAGGCUCAACUGCAUCUUUGAGGAGGUGAAGACGUUCCUGUCGCCCUAUGUAAGCACACCGGUGGCAGUGGCAAACACCAAGCUACAGGAUCUGUUUGAUGCCAUACCUUUCCCCGACAAAGAGAGGAUUGAGAGUAUUGAAGAAAGGAAGCGGCUCUCUGUUCCUGGAGGAGAUGGGAGUGUCAUCCCCGGACACAGAGGUGGAAGUGCAGUUGAAGUAUUUCUGCGUGCUGGCCUGCAAACCACAGUGAACAGCGUUUUAGAUUCGGACCGUGACUUUUGCCUUCGUGCAACUCCCGCCCACAGCAGCAGGGGGGCGUCAGUCGUCUAUUCCUGGCUGAGGCGAUUUCGUUCAGUUUCUCCGUGGGGCCCUCAUUGUAGAUGCACUGGUUAAUAGAGUAGAGCCCUCACACACUUAAUGUGCUAAUUUGUUGUAAUCGGGGCUGUAGCAAUUAAUGGAUUAAUUGGGUUGAACAGAAGAUUACUUGUGCAGGGAAAAAAAAAACCUCUAAGCUCUGACCUCUGAUUCAUUCAGCCUUGAUAUGUUUUAAUGACGUUUUGUAGUUGCUGGGUAUUAAAGAUGCUAUGAUUAUUAUAUUCAGCAGAUAUGAAAGCUAACAUGUGCACUGCUCAGUAUUAUUACAUCACCAGUACUCCUCAGAAUUAUUGAUUGAGGUUUAAAAUUGUGGUUAUGUGGUUGGAACAAUCAAGCAAUACAAAAAUUAAAAUGAUUGAUAAACAGCUUUUUGUGUGCAGUGCAGAGACUUGUUUUCGGUCUGUAUUUCAAUGCCAUUUCAAAUGAAAGGAUACCUGUUAUUCCUGUCAGAACUCAGGCAGGGACUCAAGCGCAGACAGAGAAAACUGGGCACAUGGGUUUAUUAAGUCCAGAGGGCAAUCUAGAAACGAAGUCAAGGCAGGCAGAGUCAAAAAACCAGAGCAGACACGGCGACCAAAACCACAGGGCAGGAACGAGGAGCGAAGUCGGGAAAACAGGCACGAAAACAGAACCGGCAGGCAGACACGACGAAAAGGCAAACAGCAAGUAACAACACAGCGAACCGGGACGAACCAGCAACAAGACAAGACACAAGCAGGACUUAAAUAGGGCAAGGCUGAUGAGAAGAUGGGAUGCAGGUGCGCAGGCAGGCAGGUGAAGACA